UUCCCCAAAUCCAUCCUCACGGUUUCCACCACACCGGUGCCUCUGAUUCCGAAAAACACAUUUUCAGGGUUUUUGUGAAAGCUGUCGCUCCGUUCAAGUAUGACUAAAGAAGCUCAGAAUGAAAGAGAUGACAUGUUAGUCGACGAUCCCGAGCCCCAAGACGAGCAACUUGAUGAUAUUCCUGACGAAUUCAAUCCUAAUUACCUCAAAGUUUAUUACGGAAGACUUUUCCCUCAUGCAGACAUGUUCAAAUGGUUGUCAUACGGAAAUGAUGGGAAACAUCCUGCAUGUGAUCAAUCCUAUGUUGGGCGGAGAGAAUUUUCUUUUACACUGGAUAAUGAUAUAUAUCUUCGGUUCCAGUCUUUCAACAGUGCAUCUGAGCUGGAAAAUGGCAUCAAAGAUAAAUGUCCAUUCAAAAUAGAUAUUGGUCCAGUUUAUAGUGUUGAUCCUUCAAAGAGGCUUGCAUACGCACAAUCUGGGGACAACAUUUUCACCCCUGUGGAAAGAGAGCUAGUGUUUGAUAUAGAUAUUUCAGAUUAUGAUGAUGCAAGAUAUUGCUGCUCUGGAGCAGAUGUUUGCUUGGACUGCUGGCCUCUCAUGACCAUUGCUAUCAAAGUCAUUGAUACUUCUCUUAGAGAUGAUUUUGGUUUCAAUCAUAUUCUGUGGGUAUACAGUGGUCGACGUGGGGUCCAUUGUUGGGUUUGUGAUGGAAAAGCAAGGAGGUUGAAUAAUGAACAAAGGGGAGCUAUUGCUGACUAUUUUCGUGUCUACAAGGGUAACACCAAUAGUAAAUCAAAGGUUUCUCUUGUGGGAUCUGCACUUCAUCCUUUUUUAGUGAGAUCAUAUUCUGAUGUUUUGAGAGACUUUUUUGAGAAGAAAUUGCUUUGUAGCCAGCAGUUACUUUCAGAUGAAAGAUAUGAGAAAAUACUGGAAAUGAUUCCUGAUGAAUCAAUAACCUCAGAGCUUAGAGGAAAAUGGCAAGACAACAGGCGCUCUUCUAGUGGAAAAGAUGUUAAUGUUGUGAGAUGGGAACAAUUAAAACAACUUCUUCAGUCUGGUAAACAAAAGGCAACUGGUAUUCGUAGGUGUGUUGAGGAGAUUGUCUUUUCUUUCACUUAUCCUAGGCUUGAUAUGGAGGUUUCAAAACAUAUGAAUCAUUUACUGAAGGCACCCUUUUGCAUUCACCCCAAAACAGGUCGUGUUUGCGUUCCUAUUGAUCCUGACGUUUGUGAUGAGUUUGAUCCCACCAAUGUCCCAACACUUUCUAAGCUUUUGAAAGAAAUCAAUACUGUAGGCUUGCAAGUAGAAGGUGAUAAAGUAUGGGAAAGAACCUCUAUGGGAAAGUCCAUCAGAUACUUUAGGGGAUCAUUCUUGCAGCCUUUGAUGAAAUCUUGCAAGGAAGAGAUAGAGGAGUCAUAUAGCGCCAAAGUUCAGCAAUCAAAAAACUCCUUGACUUGGUAACAUUGUCUUCUUUAAUUUAUUGUGUUUCAAGUUUAGUUACAAGUAUGUAUUAUAUUUUUUAUUGUAAUAGUGUUUAUGAACCAAAAAAUGAAAAUCAUUUGUAUGAGAAAUGUUAGUUUUUGGUAUUAUAUAACCUGGUGAU